AUGGCACCUGCCAUUUCGGUGGCCGUUAGCAAUGUCAUUUGCAGCAUUAUGAUGUCGGUACGUUUCUCCAUUGAUGAUCCCAAAUUCAGGCGUUUUAAUUUUCUCAUCGAAGAAGGCAUGCGUUUGUUUGGUGAAAUCCAUACAGUAGAUUAUAUACCCACUGUGCAAUAUUUCCCCAGCAUAUUGACCGCCAAAAAUAAAAUCGCCAAAAAUCGAGAAGAAAUGCAGAAAUUCUAUCAAGAUGUCAUAGAUGAUCAUAAAAAAACAUUUGAUGGCUCCAAUAUUAGAGAUUUGGUAGACUUUUAUUUGGCUGAAAUUGAAAAGGCUAAACAAGAGGGCAGAGAUGAGGAAUUGUUCGAUGGCAAAAAUCAUGAGGAACAAAUUGUGCAGGUGAUAAUUGACUUGUUCUCAGCUGGCAUGGAAACCAUUAAGACCACUUUGUUAUGGAUUAACGUUUUCAUGUUGCGCAACCCUGAAGCUAUGAAACGCGUACAAGAUGAAUUAGAUCAAGUUGUAGGCCGCCACAGAUUACCCUCCAUUGAGGACUUGCAAUAUUUACCAAUUACCGAAUCGACCAUUUUGGAAUCUAUGAGACGUUCCAGCAUUGUUCCCUUGGCCACCACUCACUCACCCACAAGCCCCCUAACACCCAGAUAG